AUGAGCAGCUCUGCCCCAGUGAGGGACAUUGCGUUGGUCGGCAUCUUGGUGGCAGCAGGGGCUGGGCUCGGGAUUGUGGCGCUGCUGGCAGCGCGCCGCCUGCGCAGAUGGAAGGAGCCCACCUGCAGAGCAGAGUGGCUCCGGGAGCCGCCGAAAUCAAAUCGGCCUCGCGUUGCAGUGGUGGCGACGGGAAGUGUGGCAUCGGUGAAGAUCCCGGAGCUUGUGGAGAAGCUGAGCAAACUUGCAGAGGUCACGGUGAUCCUUACGGCCCCAGGCGAGGUCAUGACCAGCCAACGAGUCGCUGGCCGGUAUGCGCCAGAGCACUUCCGGGCGUGGGAGGCGCUGCAGCGCAGUGGCGUCCACGUCCUACGGGACGACGACGAGUGGAUGGGUUACGAGAACAUUUCUUCGGAUUCUGUGGUGCAUAUCGAGCUACGAAGAUGGGCAGACGUUGCUUUGGUGGCCCCGUGCUCUGCAAACACACUGGCGAAGCUGGCCUUGGGGCUCUGUGAUAAUUUGGCCACGUGCUUCUUGAGAGCAUGGGACCCUGACAAGCCGCUCCUGAUUGCACCUGCCAUGAACACCCUCAUGUGGGAGCACCCCAGCACACUGCAGCACUUAACCACACUCCAGGCCCGUGGCUCCACCAUCAUUCCACCAGUCAGCAAGACGCUGGCAUGUGGGGAUGUGGGCCGGGGCGCCUUGGCCCCGGUCUCCGAGAUCCUCCAGGCCGUUGAGAAAGCCUUUGUCGGCGCCACGGCCCGCCGGGCCAGUUCUGGCAUCGGAUCCUGGCGUGUCUUCGGCUUUGAGGAUCUGAGGCAGGUGUUCACCGGCUCUCGAGCAUCGAUCAGGGAGUCCUUAGUCCUUAUGGGUUGCACUUACCGGCAAAACAGUGUAGCUGCAGGAGUAGGCUACGGCCACGCAGGCUCACAGCCGCCACAGCGAGUCCACCUCGUGACCAGCGAGGUCCAGGCGAGACAGGCGUGCGCCACUUGGGGGCUCCAAGGUGUCCAAGGUGUCCAAAGAGACCAAGGAGACGGGGAGGUUGAGGAGAUGGCGGAGCUACAGGCGGUCCGAAGCCAGCAAGGUCCUGCUGUAGCCUUGGACUGUGAAGGAGUUCGUUUGGGGCGAUUCGGACGCAUCUGCCUUCUGCAGCUGCAGGAUUCCAAGGGCCACGUUCUUCUCUGCGAUGCGCUGCGCAAGGGGGUUGUAGAAGCCUUGGCGCCACUUCUCGAGAGCAGGCGCGUCGUCAAGGUGAUGCACGACUGUCGUGAAGACAGCGCAGCCCUGUUCCACCAACACGGCAUUCAGCUGCGCGCCGUUUUUGACACGCAGGUGGCACAUGCCAUCUUGGAGAGAAGGGCAGGGCGAGAGGCGUACCAGGCUUCAGCCUCGGAGCUGCUGAAGGAGUACCUGGGCAUCGAGCCGGAGCAGACUGAGCUAAAGUCGCGGAUGCUCCAAGAUCCAGAUCUCUGGGCACGGCGCCCUUUGACCAGCGACCUCGUGCGUUAUGCACUCCAUUCUGUCAGCCACUUACUGCAACUCCACCACAAACUCGUGGCGCGAGGCCAAGAUUGGAACGCGGCUCUGGGCUCUGGUCGCCACCCGGACAGCCGACAAGCUGCUGCUGAAGCUGAAUGCCGGGCGCGUCGGCAUGGUCUCCACACCUGGAGCUCUGAGACGCUUCAAGGACGUGCAGCUGGGGGACCUGGUACUUUGCUGCGUCAGUGGCGUGAGCCUGGAUGGCAAGUAUAUCUACCUGGACCGAUACGACCACGACUGGGACUUUUUCGACCACCAGCUGCGGCCGUCCCUCCAGCCAGAGGUGGGCGCGUACGGGCGCGAACACCGCUUCCGCAGGG